AUGACUCCAGGUGGGUUGCUGUUUAACUUAUACUACUUUUGUUGUUAAGGUUCUGCUCCUUUGAACCUAAGGAAAUAACUAUAUUAUAUAUAUAAUUAAAAUAAUAGGUUAAUAACAUUUUUUUGCAAGAAAAAGUGUUAAGAUCACUGAUAACUGUUACCUGAUUUAGUUUUGUUGCAGACGGCAGUGAAGUGUCAUUUGCUUUUGUACCUGGCAAAACAGACUUUGCAAUUUCGUUGGUCGAUGAAUCUGGCGACUUCAUUUUCCAUUUACAUUUUUGGGUAAACCUACAUUCUUCAUAUUUUUAAAAAUUUUAAAAUUUAACUUUGAUUUCGAAUAUUUUAAUUACCUAGCAUUUUCCGUAGUCAAUUUUAACUUUUAAAAUCUACUUUAAUACAGUUCGACUUUAGAUGAACAAAUAUAUUAUUCAAAACGACUGCGACUCACCUUGUAAUGACCACUGGGACGAAUCCAAAGAGAUUCGCUACACUGAAGCAAUCAGAUAUCUAAAUCCGAUGGAAAUGAAUACAGUACGAAUUGUCUACACUGCGAGCGACUUGUGUGAAGUUCACAUUAACGAGUACUCGUUCACCGUUCCGAUCAGACUUUAUCCUGGAAACCGGUUCACAAAGUAUAUUGCCGAUGGGGAUGCUAUGUGGGAUCACAUGUGUAUAUCUUUGGAGAAUUUAUAUUGA